AUGGAUCACCUGACUGCGCUCUUCCAGGAGAUGUGGCGUCAAGGUGAAGUCCCUCAAGACUUCAAGGACGCAACAAUCGUGCACCUAUACAAGCGCAAAGGGAAUCGCCUAGUCUGCGACAAUCACCGUGGCAUCUCCUUGCUGAACAUCGCCGGGAAGAUCUUCGCUCGCAUCCUUCUCAACCGCCUCAAUAACCACCUGGAGCAGGGCCUUCUGCCGGAAAGCCAGUGCGGCUUCCGUCGUCAUCGUGGGACCACGGAUAUGAUCUUCGCCGCCCGUCAACUUCAGGAGAAGUGUCAGGAGAUGCGGACCCACCUGUACUCUACCUUCGUGGACCUGACGAAAGCCUUCGACACGGUGAAUCGUGAAGGACUGUGGAAGAUCAUGCAGAAAUUCGGCUGUCCGGAGCGAUUCCCUCAGAUGGUACGUCAGCUGCACGACGGUAUGAUGGCGCGAGUCAUGGACAACGGAGCUGUCACAGAGGCAUUCGCAGUGACCAACGGAGUGAAGCAGGGCUGCGUAAUGGCACCAACCCUCUUCAGUCUCAUGUUCUCUGCCAUGCUGAUGGACGCCUACCGCGACGAACGCCCCGGGAUUCGCAUCGCCUACAGGACGGACGGUCACCUGCUGAAUCAACGGCAGAUGCACUUCCAAUCACGCGUAUCCACAACAACCGUUCACGAACUCCUCUUCGCCGACGACUGCGCCCUAAACACCACCUCAGAAAAGGAGAUGCAGCGGAGCAUGGACCUGUUCUCCGCCGCCUGCGAGAACUUCGGUCUGGUCAUUAACAAGCAGAAGACGGUGGUGAUGCACCAACCGCCACCCGACUCAGUCACAGCCCCCAAGGCGCUGCCGCAAAUCAGCGUGAACAGAACCCACCUGCAAAUGGUGGAGAACUUCCCGUACCUGGGCAGUACUCUCUCCCGCACCACCAAGAUUGAUGACGAAGUCGCCAACAGGAUCUCGAAAGCCAGUCAAGCCUUCGGUCGUCUCCAAAGCACAGUUUGGAAUCGUCACGGUCUUCAACUGAACACGAAGCUGAAGAUGUACAAGGCCGUUAUCCUGCCGACGCUACUGUACGGAGCAGAGACCUGGACGGUGUACAGGAGGCAGGCACGCCGUCUGAACCACUUUCACCUCAGUUGUCUUCGUCGCAUCCUGCGGGUGAACUGGCAGGAUCGCAUCCCCGACACUGAUGUGCUGGAACGGACGGGAAUGGUCAGCAUCUACGCCAUACUGAGGCAAAUUCAGCUGCGCUAG